AUGGUUGGAUCUCUUCAGCCAGAAGACUCCCCAGAGAGGGCAUCGUCCCGAGACUCUCCCGAGCGGGCUAAGAAGCGCGCAAGAACCCAGUCGAUGCCACCUCCCGAGCUGCCUAGGCUCGUUGCUGAACAGCAUCAACCAAUUCCCACCAACGACAAGGAUUCGCAGCGCCUCAUUGUCGUGCUGUGCAAUGCCACGCUCGAGACAUACAAGGCGUCGCAUGGCUCCGGCCGUGGGCCCGGUGGCAGGGAGGACAAAUACAAUCUUCUCAAUAGCGACGAUCACAUAGGUGUGAUGCGCAAGAUGGGCCGUGAUAUCAGUGAGGCGCGCCCAGAUAUCACACAUCAGUGUCUGCUCACUCUCCUCGACUCGCCUAUCAAUAAGGCAGGCAAGCUCCAGAUCUACAUCCAGACUGCACGCAACGUCCUCAUCAGGGUCAGCCCCACUGUGCGCAUUCCGCGUACAUUCAAGCGCUUCGCUGGAUUGAUGGUGCAGCUCCUGCACAGACAUCAAAUUCGAUCAACAUCAUCUCAGGAGAAGCUGAUCGAGGUGAUCAAGAAUCCCAUCACCGAUCACCUGCCACCAAACUGCCGCAAGGUCACCCUCAGUUUCGACGCCGAGGUCGUACGCCUGAGCGACUACAUUGGAAGCCUCAACAAGAACGAGAGUAUUGCAGUCUUCGUUGGUGCUAUGGCGAAGGGUAACGAUGACUUCGCGGACGCCAUCAAGGACGACAGCAUCGGUAUCAGUAACUUCAACCUCAGUGCCAGCGUUGCCUGUAGCAAGUUCUGCCACGCCGCAGAAGACGUCUGGGGCAUCUUCUAG